UUUGCCUUCAGAUGCACUAUAAACUUGUGGCUCGUCUGUGAAAAAAAAUAUUUUCUUCGGGAUUCAGGACGACAGGUGUUUCAACCAUGAGGGUUUAUUUGGCAGCGUUCACGUUGUGCCUCGGUGCAGUUUUUGCUGCUCCAACUCUGGACAAGCAAUUGGAUGACCAUUGGGAGCAGUGGAAGAACUGGCACAGUAAAAAAUACCAUGAAAAGGAGGAGGGGUGGAGGCGAAUGAUCUGGGAGAAAAACUUGAAUAAGAUCGAAAUGCACAAUCUCGAUCACUCCAUGGGCAAACACACAUACAGACUCGGAAUGAACCACUUUGGUGACAUGACUCAUGAGGAGUUCAGGCAGGUGAUGAAUGGCUUCAAGCAAAAGAGAGAGAGACGAUUCACUGGAUCCCUCUUCAUGGAACCCAACUUCCUGGAGGUCCCAAAUAAGUUGGACUGGAGAGAAAAGGGAUAUGUGACUCCUGUGAAAGAUCAGGGUGAGUGCGGUUCUUGCUGGGCCUUCAGCACCACCGGAGCCAUGGAGGGUCAGAUGUUCAGGAAGACUGGAAAACUGGUGUCUCUGAGUGAGCAGAACCUGGUGGACUGCUCCCGUCCUGAAGGCAAUGAGGGCUGUAACGGAGGCCUCAUGGACCAGGCCUUCCAGUAUAUCAAGGACCAAAGCGGUCUGGACUCAGAGGACUCCUACCCCUACUUGGGAACUGACGAUCAGCCUUGCCAUUAUGAUCCCCAAAACAGUGCGGCCAAUGACACUGGAUUCGUUGACAUUCCCAGUGGAAAGGAACAUGCUCUGAUGAAAGCUAUAGCCUCUGUGGGGCCGGUGUCAGUGGCUAUUGACGCUGGGCACGAGUCUUUCCAGUUCUACCAGUCAGGCAUCUACUAUGAGAAAGAAUGCAGCAGCGAGGAGCUAGAUCACGGCGUUCUCGCCGUUGGUUAUGGUUUUGAUGGUGAGGAUGUUGAUGGCAAGAAGUACUGGAUUGUCAAGAACAGCUGGAGUGAGAAAUGGGGUGAUAAAGGAUAUAUCUUAAUGGCAAAGGACAGACAUAACCACUGUGGCAUUGCUACAGCAGCCAGCUACCCUCUUGUCUAAGGACGAUACCUCCCGAAUCUAGACAUUGUACCAGAAGGCCGCAUUAGUGUCUCGGGUACCUGAGUGGUUCACUGAAAUCCACUUGUGUAGUAAAAAAAGGAGUCGCCUAACACAGGGGACUGUGUCUCACAGCCUGAAUGAGACUGUGAGAGAGAGAAACCUCAAACUCUAGGCAUUGUGUGACACUGUUAUAGGGACUUUAUGCAAUUGUUUUCAGUCAUUUUAAUGCCGUUGAUUUAGUUGAUUUUUGCCUCAAUGUAAAUACAUGUUCUUUAGUUUAAGUUGAAAUGUACAAAUGUGUGUUUUUUUUUUUUCUACUAUCCGUAUGAUCAAUUAAACUUUUAAAAA